AAAAAUCUGAAACCUCUUUCUUUCAACAAAAAAAAAAUGAUGAGCUCAGACGAAGAUGUGGUUAGUUUCAUCACCGUGCUUGGCCUUGCCGUUUUCAUUGGUCUCUGCUUCUUGCUUAUUGUUCUUAUAGCAACCUCAGCGAUCAUCCUUGUAAUCUACGUCAUCAUCGACUGUAUUCUCAGACCAUUCUUAGGAACAUGUCUCGACCUAGAUCUCGAGAUCGGAGUCCAAAGAGGCCAACACCGUGCUAGAAUCGUUACGUACCAUGCAAUCAUCCCGACCGAUCUACACUUACCAUAUUCCGAGAGAGAAGAAAAAAGAAAACGAGGGUUGAAACAAAGCGAGAUUGAAACCCUACUCCCGAAAUUGCAUGUUGGACAAGGCAACAACCACGAGGACGAAGAGAGGUCGAGAGAAUGUGCCAUUUGUCUCAGUGGUUAUGUUGUGAAUGAAGAAUGCAGAGUGUUUCCGGUUUGCAGACAUAUGUAUCAUGCGGUUUGUAUUGAUGCCUGGCUCAAGAAUCAUCUCACUUGUCCUACUUGCCGUAAUGAUUUGCCAGAUUCAUGACCAUGGCAAGCCUGUUUUGGAUUUGUCGAAAGCUGUACAUAUAUAUUUUACUCUUCUUCAAGAGAUCUUUAAAUCCAAAAAUCCACUUGCUAAUUUUAUUCUUCACCUUCAUGUGCUUUGCAAAUGGCGAGUUUAGUCAGAAACAGAGGACACGUGUCCUGCAAAAACAGAGGAAUGGCUUGACCUUUUAUUAGUU